CUUCAAAAGAAGGGAAGGCAAGAUGAAGACCUCUUUGUUACUAUGGGGAGUCCUGGCAGUAUUCUUGGGGGCUACUCUUGUGGCAGGUUAUUUUGAGGAUGAUGAGAAGGAAGAACACACCCUAGUCGAUAACAAGUGCAAGUGUGUGAAGGUGACCUCGAGCUUUGUCGCUUCUAAAGAUAAUCCUGAGGAAAAAGUCCUGGAGAGAAACAUACGAGUCAUAAUCCCACUGAAGGCAAGACAGAACAUCUCUGAUCCCACCUCGCCACUGAGAACCACCUUUGUCUACCGCAUGACUGAGCUCUGCAAAAAAUGUGAUCCUGUAGAAGUGGAGCUGAAUGACCGGGUAGUUACUGCUGAGCAGAGCAACACAUGCAAGAGUUCCGAUACCUGCUACACCUACGACCGGAACAAAUGCUACACCACAACCCUCCCGUUUUCCUACGGUGGGAAGACCACCGCCAUCCAAGCGGCCCUGACUCCAGAAUCCUGCUACCCUGACUAGAUUAAACCACUGCUGCUAGAGUGCCUUGUUAUACUGUAAUCUCCCCGCCUCCCCGAACAAAGCACAGUUAUAUUAGGAUGGUAAGAAAAACAGUGUCUGAAAUACCAGCUCCUCACAAUUAACAUGAAAAGUGAUGCCUUUCUCCUAUAGCACAGGGUGGACAUAAAUAUGAACCAUUACGCCAAUUAUCCAUUGUGGACAAAAUCCCCAUACUAGGGGGCAGAUCCUCAGAUGGUAUGAGUCAGUGUAACUGCCUUGAACUGAUGGAGCUACACUAACUUACACCAUUGGGGCAUCUGGCUCGAACAGUCUUCUUUUAGUCCCGAUUCAGACAAGGCUCUUGUUAAAGUCAGUGAGGGCUGGGCCAUAGUAACAAAGGCAGGCUUAGUUCUUUACUGUGGAUAGAAACAAUGAAACCCAAAGGCCUGGCAAGUGUUUGCCUUCCGAUUCCCACAACCAUGUUUUCCUAAGUCAUUUCUCCAGUGUCUUGGGCUUUUUGGUGCCUACUACAGUCCCUUUCGGCACAGAGAGAUACCGCGGCUGCACAUAAAAUAUCAGUGUGUAAUCUGAGAUGGCCCCGUCUGUGUGUUCUGCUGGAAAACCCCACUUCAGUUAUUGAAAAUAAUCCUUCGCACCAACUUUAAGAACCGCACGACCAUGUUGUUGCACUUUCACCUGCAAGCCUCAUAGAAACCAGUGCCAUUCUUGAGAAAGAGAACAUUCAGGGUGAGGCUUUCAAAGACAUCAAGGGGAUUUGGAAGACCAGUCCCCAUUCAGUUUUAAUGGGCAUCAGUGGUGUAGCAAGGGUCUUAGGCACCUGGGAGCAAAGGCAAAAUUUGCACCCCCCAAUCAUUUGCCCACCAAACUCCAGAGCAGCUGGGCAAUUAUUAUGUAGCCCUGGGGAGUUGGGAACAGCAAAGAGCUGGCCAUCUGAGUCUUCCCCAUCCCGUCCCAUUCCCCUUCCCCCCCAGCACCAGCAGCAGCUCACCUUCCAUCAGCAUGCUGCUGCAUGGCUCUGCAAAGGAGGUGAGUGGGUGGAGAAAAGUUAACAACCCCGCAACAUUUGGCAGAUAAAUUGGUGCCCCCCCUUGCAUGGCGCCCGGGGGCAACUGCCCCCCUCGCGACGCCACAGAUGGGCAUCCUAUUCCCUUAUGUGGCUUUGAAAAAAAUCACAUCCUCAGUGUAUCCCCACAUAUUUAGAGAAGACUGAGGAUGCUGCUGCUUUUGAGUAUUUUUAAAUGGUGCCAAAAUGCCGUGUGUUACGGGACUAGUCAAUCAUUCUUCCACUCUAUAUUGGAGAUUGAGCUACCUACCAAUGAUAUUUCACUGCUCUGUGUUUCCAUACUGACAAUUAUUAAUGCCUUCUGCAAUUGACCCAACACCGCGGAGAACAAAUUCUUUUGGUUUAAAUAAAUGGUCUAGGUCCCGAUUCUGCAUUCGGAAUCGCAUUGGCAGCCUUUGGGCCUGCUCGAUCUGAUUGCAAGAAUGGGGCCCUACUUAGGACUCUCUUCUGGUCUUCUACACCAGAUUCCUUUCUCUGGCCCGUAGAAGGGAUUCUCCCCCAUGAAAGAGGCUGAUACAGCAUUGCUCUGUACAUAACAUUGAAUGUGCAUCAGACCUUGUCUUGUCAUGUGUAUACAAGUCCAUAAACUGCGUGCGGCAUUACUCCUGGAAAGGCUGAUCCAUUCCUCCCUGUUCUAAAAACUGGUUGCACAUCCCUAGGCUAUUCUGAGAAACCCUGACAUAUUUCAUGUUGUGCCCAAAUAGAGCAAAAGCCAUGUACCCAUGAUUUCAGCUUUGUUAGCAAGAUUGAAUAAAUGAAAUAGAUUUUCCUGC